UCAAGCUUCACGACGUUGCAUUCACAGCAGCGUCGAGCGGUCCGCAAGAAACAUGGCUACACGUCGCGCAUUUGCACCCUCAAUGUUUUGCAGUCCUUCACAACGCCUGCAAACACGCUCAUACACGCCUUCGCCUCUACGUCCAUACCAAAACCGAGGCGUACAUCCCGACGAGCUUGAAAAGCUUCUAGCAGAGCCCACAUGGUCCGUCGAAUCUCUCCUACCACCGAAGACACGCGCUCCCGACGCUCCCCAGAUCACCUCUCAGCAGCUUCAUCAUCUACUACGACUAUCCGCUCUCCCGCCGCCGGAAACGCCCGAACAAGAGCAGAAGAUGCUGGACACACUGGCAGCACAACUCCACUUUGUGGGCAAGAUACAGGAGGUGGAUACAACGGGUGUAAAGCCUCUUCGGGCGAUACGUGAUGAGUCAAAGGCUGCGGAAGAAGAGCAGACUAUCACCUUGGAGACACUAAAGGACGCCCUGGGCAAAGAGAAGGUCGUAGGACAGCAUCACAAGCGGUUACAACGAGAUGCUACGCCGGUUGACGCUCAAGAUGUUGAGGACUGGGAUGUGCUGGGCUCGGCUGAGCGAAAGGCCGGUAAAUAUUUUGUUGUCGAGAGCGAGAGGCCGCAGGAAUAAGUCUUUCAUACGACUUUGCACAUGUCUAGAACCAGAGCCAUCGGUGCACGAUGAGAUGUGCAUGACUACGAAUAGUAUACGGCUACGAAGGACACCAGGACGAGCGGCAAGCAGCGCCUAUACUUGUUUGCAACGU